AGCAGUUUUAACCGGUUUAUCACUGAAUUUUGAACCUUUCGUCUUCUCUCUUACUCCCUCAACAACUGCGGAAGAGAUGUCGCUAGGCGUGUUGACGGGAGCCGUGACGCUCCAGGGACCACGGAAUCCUAGCCAGCUAAUGUCCUUCGAUGGCAGCACCAGAAGCCAGCAGAUCGCACAGGCGGGACCUCCAAGAACUUCGUCCCUCCAGGCUCCUAUAAUGCAACUAGUUGGACACGACGGAGAGAUCAAUUCCGCAAAGUUUAGUCCAAAUGGAACAAUCCUAGCUUCUGCCUCAUUCGACCGUCAAAUAAUGUUAUGGAACGUGUACGGGGACUGUGACAAUUUCGGUGUCAUGAUGGGGCACACUGGAGCCAUUCUGGAGCUCCAUUUCUCCCGCGAUGGAAGCAUGGUGUUCACUGCAUCCACUGACAAGACGGGCGCGGUGUGGGACUGUGCUGUUGCGAAGAGGAUCAAGAAACUGAAGGGACACACUUCGUUUGUCAACUCGUGCGCGGCGUCGCGUCGCGGGAUACAGCUGGUGGCAACUGGCUCAGACGAUGGAACGAUGAAGGUUCGU